CACCCUCGGCAGUUUCCAGCGACAUGCGCAGUCGGCGCUUCCGGUUACCGUUACGUAUGGCGUGCGUCAAGAUGGCGGCCUCCGUGUUGAACACGCUAAGGCGGUCUCUUAGCCUUUCGCUCUUCAGAAGUACCUAUGGCGUUCAGAGUCCCCUCCAGACUCUCUGCACCAGAGCAGUCCCAGAAGAUUCUCUUCCCAUUUCUCCUUAUGAGAAUGAGCCCUGGAAAUACCUGGACUCAGAAGAAUACCAAAGCCGCUACGGUUCUCGCCCUGUCUGGGCUGACUACCGCCGCAACCAUAAGGGUGGUAUACCCCCACAGCGGACUCGAAAGACAUGUAUUCGUAAGAAUAAAGUUGCUGGAAAUCCUUGCCCCAUCUGCCGGGAUCACAAGUUGCAUGUCGACUUUAGGAAUGUAAAGCUCUUGGAACAGUUUGUCUGUGCCCACACGGGAAUCAUCUUCCACGCCCCCUACACAGGAGUCUGUAUGAAGCAGCACAAGAAGCUGACUCAGGCCAUUGAGAAAGCCAGGGAGUGUGGUCUCCUCAGUUACCACAUUCCCCAGGUUGAACCCCGGGACCUUGAUUUCAGUACAUCUCAUGGAGCUGUGAGUGCUACUCCGCCAGCCCCAACCCUGGUGUCAGGUGAUCCUUGGUACCCAUGGUAUAACUGGAAACAGCCACCAGAGAGAGAACUGUCCCGUCUUCGCCGGCUCUAUCAGGGAAAUCUCCUGGAAGAAAGCGGUCCCCCACCUGAGUCAAUGCCCGAGGUGCCCUCCAGACCAUCAACAGAAGCCUCCACCGAUCACACCAGUCCCCAGAGUGCUCCUUAGAACUUGUGAACUGGGAAAGGAGUCGGAGGCAUGAGGAGGCAGGGCCUAAGGUUAUGUGAUGAGAUGUGUUCUGAAAAGUACCCAUUUUGCGACCAGUGUGAAACCCAAGAGGCAGUGACUUGUUUACAAAUGCAUUGGAUAUUCUGCUCCGGCAGUGUGUAUGCGAAGAAAUCCCACCCCUGUAUAUGCUCUGAACGUUAUGUUGCCUACUUCUGCCUACUCAUCCUUUCCACAAUAAAGUUUUGUCUCUGGUGUA